GCUCUGUUGAUGGGAAAUUCUCGGAAAAAUAAAAGUUUGGCUUGUCAUCAUCAUCACUGACGAAACGGCCAAAGGCAAGGUGGCAGAGCUUUUUAUUGCCCGGCACCUUGUUCUUCUCUACUUCACCCCUCCUUUUCUACAGUUACUUUUCUGCACCAGUACACUUUGCACUACCCCUCAUUUUGCGCGGCUCUACUUUUCAAAUGAAGCUGGCACGGGCACUGGCAGCUUUGCGGAGGCCAAGCAGCGGCACCUCUGCGCGGCUAUAUUCGGAUACAGCCCGGAAACUACAAAUGUACCGCAACGAGCGUGCGCUGAUAUUCCCUGGCCAGGGCUCGCAGGUCGUUGGCAUGGGCAAGGAUCUGUACGAGACAUUUCCGGCAUCAAAGCAGGUGUUUGAGGAGGUCGACGAGGUGCUGGGAUUCAAGCUGAGCUCCCUGAUGUUCGAAGGAAACCAGGCAGAGCUGACGCUGACCAAGAACGCACAGCCGGCCAUCGUGACUGUCUCUGUGGCCGCAACACGUGCGCUGGAGCAUGCUACUGGGCUGAAGGCAGAGGAAAUGUAUGCAUACACAAUGGGCCACUCUGUUGGCGAGUUUUCGGCGCUGAUAGUGGCAGGCGUGGUGUCGCUGGAGGACGGGAUCCGGCUGAUUCGCACGCGCGGGGAAUCAAUGCAGGAUGCAGUCAAGGAGCGCGAGUAUGCGAUGUCGGCAUGCAUGCUGCGGCGGGCCACGGUUGCGGACGUGGUGGCCGAGGUCGACCGGAUCCAGCACACCGAGGUGGCAAACGAGCUGGGGGCUGGCGAGGUUGUGCAGGUGGCCAACAUCAACUCGAGCAGCCAGAUCGUGCUGAGCGGGUCGAAGAAAGCCGUGGAGCGGGCCAUUGGGGUGCUGCAUGCGAAGCGCCUGGCCAUGCGCGCCAUCAACCUGCCGGUGUCGGCGCCAUUCCACUGCAAGCUGAUGACGCCGGCGAGCGAAGCGCUGGAGAAGCGGAUCGGCGAGCUGAAGCCGGUGCGUGGCCCAGACGAAUGGCUGAUGCCGGUGAUCUCCAAUGUCACAGCGCGGCCAUACCAGACUGCUGCGGAUGUCGAGGAGCUGCUGGUGCGGCAGGUUGACAACACCGUGCAGUGGCUGCAGUCCAUGGAGUAUCUGAAACAGCACGGCGUGCAGCGCUGGGGCGCCAUGGCUCCCGGCAACGUCGUGGGCAAUCUGGCCAGCAAAGAGUACGCCAAGGACAUCGUGCGUCGGCUGUCUGACGUGGCAGCCAUUCAUGACUUUGCUGCUGUGCUGAGGCGACAGCAGGAACGCGGCUAUUAAACGACGACUCAGUUUAUUAUCAUACCAAGCAAUAAAAAAC